AUGCUGGUCGCAUCUCUACUCUUCUACAAGAAAAUCCGUGCAGAUCUCAAAGGAGUGGGAUUUAAUUUCAAUCCUUAUAACCCUUGUGUUGCAAAUCAUGAUGUCUACGAGAAGCAGCAAACAAUUCGAUUCCAUGUGGAUGAUUUGUUGUCGAGCCACGCAAUGCCGAAAGUCAAUGAUGAGUUUCUGGUAUGGCUAAACGAGACCUACAGAUCUUACAAGGAAUGCAUUUCCACUUGUGACAAUGUGCAUGUAUACCUUGGGAUGACUUUAGAUUUCUCAAAGAAAGGCAAGCUGAAGAUUUGCAUGGACGACUACGUGAAGCGAAUGCUUGAUGAGUUCCCAGUCAAGUUUGGCGAGAGCGAUCAUCAAGAAACCCCAGCAGGCAACACGCUGCUGGACUUUGGAAACAGACAAAAGCUGGACACUGCUCGUCAAGAGGUGUUCCAUUCUUUUGUCGCCAAAGGACUCUUCUUAUCUAAGAGAGCCCGACUCAAUAUUCUACAUACAAUAUUGAUCCUGGCGUCACAAGUGCGUGAGCCAAAUGAAAGCGAUUGGAAGAAGAUCGUCUGUCUUAUGAGAUACUUGCACAGUACUCAAGGAUAG